AUGGAUAUAAAUUACGAUGUGUUAGAAGACGAAGAACGCAUACCAUUUAAUUAUUUAUGGAAUACUGCGAAAUUUACAUGGAGUUCUUCCCUUAAAAGUGAGUGCGCAAAGAGUUUGUUAACCAAGGAACCGGCUAUUCAUCUCUUCGUCAACAAUGUCGGAGUGAUAUUGUGCCCAUUCGAGAAGACGGAAGACGGUUUCGAGAUGCAGCUGCAAACGAAUCAUCUCGGCCACUUCCUCCUGACGCUCUUGCUAUUGCCGAAGAUUAUGUCCUCGGAACCUAGUUGUAAGAUAUUGAAUCAACUGUGGGACCAAAGUCAUCUUCUGCAUUUAGAACCCGAGGGAGAUCUUCAUACGUUUUUGCAAACUGUAUCGCGGUAA